AUGUUUUCAAAAGGUUUGCUUACAGCGUCAGAUGAAUAUCUACGUCUAAAACAUCAUCAUGGCCAUUGGCAUAAUCAUGACCACCAUCCUGCAAUUGAUAACCAUGGUGGCGAACGUCAUCGAGCAAUGGUUGAAUUGCAAAACCAUUUGGGUAGUCCUGGAACAACAGCACAUGAUAUUGAACAUUUAAUGGGUCCACCAACGAAAAUUCUUCAUCAACCUGAUGAAGUACUUUUAUCGGAACUCAAAAGAAAUAACGAAACUUAUACAUUUCCGCAUCAUGCUGAAAUUUGGAUCUAUGAAUGGCGUAGCAAUCAUGAUUAUGUUUAUUUCAUUAUAUCAAACGAUAAGAAAGUUAUUCAAUCAGCGUGGUAUUAUGCAUUUGAAUAA